AAUGGAGGCUUGUUCCAAUAAAGUUUACAUCAAAAAUGACCAGAAACUCAUAUGCAACAAGACUCUUGGCUUUGAUGACUGGGAAGUCAACUCAGAGGAACUCAAUGGCUCCUUUGACUCUGAUGACUUCAAACAGGUAGUAGGGUCUGAGCAGAAAACAACCUGUUUAUUUACUUGUGUUCAAAAGUUGUUUAUGAGUCUUAAUUACGUAUACACUUCUGUUCUCAACAAAUUCAAACAGCAAAACAAGGAGCAGGACUACAUGCACAAGUAUCAGAUUGACACUAAUAUCAUGAAAGUCUACAUGAGCACACUUGAGACUGAAGAUUGCACUAAUGGGAACCCUGUGUUCUGUACCAACUGAAGUGCAAUUUUGAAUGCAUACACCAACAUUGAACAAACUGAAAGAAUAUAAAAAGAUGAUAGCAAAAUCUGAAUAUGUGAAUUCUCCAACUUCAGCA